CAAGUCUACCUACCACGCGUACAAUGCCGACGUCCCCGGGCGCGAAAGUCCUCGUCAUCGGCUGCGGCGUCGCCGGUCCCGUUGUGGCGUGCCUGCUCAAGCAGAAGGGCUACCGGCCUAUUGUCUUUGAGCGCGCCCCCGCGCCGGGCGACAUUGGCCAGUCAAUCAUCAUCGCGCCCAACGGCAUGAAGGUUCUGGCCAAGGCGUGUCCGAGUGUCGUUGACCGGUUCCUUGAAUACGGCCCGCCGGUGUGCGAAUUCCGGGAGCACAAGGCGUCGGGGGAGGUUCUGGGCUGGUUCGAGACGGGCUGGGAGGAAAGGUACGGCAAGCCAGGCGUCGGGGCCAAGCGCACCACAGCUACGGCAUGGCUUCGCGACGCGCUCGUCGAGGUGGGGAUAGAAAUAAGGGAUGGUUGGGGACUGGAGCGAAUUGAGGAGGCCGAGGACGGCGGAUCCGUCACAGCCUUCUUCGAUGGAGGGCGCUCCGAGACGGGCUUAUUUCUCGUCGGGUGCGACGGGCUGAAGUCAGCAACAAGGAGAUUGUUGUUGGACCGAGGUGGCCUCAAAGACGGUGAGCCGUCUUUUACCGGUAUAUGCCAGACCGGAGGCUUAGCCCCGACGCCAGCCUCCUUCCGAGACCACCGGGGCGUGCGCAACUACUACGGCGAGUCCUUGCACUUUGUCUGCUACGAUAUCUCGCAUGAGACUGUGUCGUGGGGCCUGACGCAGCGGGCCGAGACGGGCACCGAGGCGGCCUGGGGCCUGUUUGACGACGCCAGUCGCCAAAAGACGACAGAGGGGCUAGGUAGCAUGUUUGAAAAUCAAGGCUGGGAUCCGACCGUCGUGAAGAUGAUCCGCGGCGCCACGAGGCUCAUCCGCUACGGCAUAUUCGACAGGCCGGAGCUGCCAUCCGAGCAGUGGUUUUCGGGCCGCUGCGUCAUGGUGGGCGACGCGGUGCACCCGACGAGCACGCACCUCGGCCAGGGGGCGAACCAAGCAUGCGAGGACUGUUACUACCUGGCCGAAGCACUCCCUUCGUUCGACCUGGCAAAGCCCCCCAUCAGCACCUCGGAGCUAUCCGAGGCGUUCAGAGGAUACGCAGAAAAGCAGCAGCCCCACACGUCGCACCUCGUCAAGGCAGCUCGGGCAGUCGGGGAGCUGCGUGUGACGGGGCCGGAGGGUCGCGAGGCGCGGGAUAAGCUGGUGGCCGAGAGGGUGGGGGAUCGGGCCCGUAUAGACGCCCACUACGACUUCCAGUUCCGCAGGCCAUAUUGAUUAAUUAGCGACUGCACCACCCCUGCCAAGGGCGUUGCGUAUCUUUCAAUCACAUGCACCUCCCUG